AUGGGACAAUUCUAUCAAUCAGCUCAAACAAUGCGACAGCGCAUGUAUCAUUUUAUUACCGGUCUACAAAUUGCCUGUAGUUUCUUAUCAUUACUGAUAUUAUGUAUUGCAUUACCUGUUAUGUAUAAUAAUGUUCAAACAACAAUUGAUUACAUUGAUAAUGGAAUGCUAUUCUGUGAGCAUUCAAAUGAAGAAGCAUUGUUGGAAGUAGAACGAGGCAAAUCAUAUAGUUCUUUAAAUAGGACGAAACGUCAAAUAUAUGAUCAGAAUGAUGGUUAUCAGGGAUUGAAUCCGUUUAGCGGAAAUUCUAUGGUGAAUGAAGUAACUGGUACACCGAUUGAAACAGAAUGUCCAGGUUGCUGUAUUCCUGGCCCACCAGGACCACGUGGUGCAGGAGGUGCACCUGGGAAACCUGGAGCUCCAGGACCAGCAGGAAGACCUGGCAUUCCUGGAACAACUCCAAAUCAAACAUGCCCAAUACAGAUAAAUCGACCGCCUCCGCCGUGUCGUCCAUGUCCAAAGGGUCCUCCAGGUAUCAAAGGUUGGCCUGGAUUUCCGGGAGAUCCGGGUCCAGUUGGCGAACCUGGAGCAAAGGGUAAAGAUGGUGAAGAUGGUGCACCAGGUGAACCGGGACCACAGGGUCCGCCAGGUUUUCAAGGCGGCCCAGGCUUGCCAGGCGAUAAGGGACCAACACCAGAAGGUGAACUUAGAGAAGGUCCACCAGGAGAUCCCGGACCAGUCGGACCUGUCGGUGCUCCUGGCCUUCCGGGACUACCUGGACCACAAGGUGAACGUGGUUGGCCAGGUUUACCAGGUGAAGUGGGUGAGCCUGGAUAUCCUGGUCCAGAAGGUCCACCAGGUGAACAAGGACCUCCAGGAGAACCAGGAAUAUGUGUUUGUCAAAAUGUUGACUCAGUCAUUCUCGUCAGUCCAUCAGCUUCUCAACCUCGGAUAGCGGAACGUAUCGAAGGAGAUAAUUAUGGCUCAAAUGAUGGCAAUGAAAGGAUGCUUUAG